AUGCCCACGGUCAGGCCCAUCCCGUCUUCCCUCACGCUGAGAAACAGUGUUCCAUCGAACGCGCUCGACAGACUGAAUUCUGAGGCUACGCAAGACGAAGGCCUCACACCUGACGGCAGGCAUGCUAUCGACAAUAUCGUGAACGACUUGAAGCUCUCCCAGCGCAUGCAAUAUCAAUUCAAGAACGUACCGACGAAGCCUCCGACAACAUCGAAAGAAACAAGAUCUUUUUCAGAAAAGUCCUUCCCAAUGUCAAAGGCUCUGUUUGGUCGCGUCGGCGACUAUUUCAAAGCCUCCAAACGAGACGCGGCAGGCACUAAAGCACCACCAGCCACCAAUGGUUCAGCAAAGAAGCAGUAUGAGAAGAAGCUAUCUCACGUCCCACCAAGUUCAUCAAACACAGCUCCCAAUAUCCCCCAAGCCAAUGGACCCCUUGAACAUAACAGCAUAGCGUGGCAUAAUAAUGCGAACUCUCGAAUGGUUGGAGGAUCAAUAGAGCCAUUCAAGGCUUUGGAACCGAAGGCUUUCGUCGAAAAUGGGAAGCAAGAGCCCAGUCAUUCUCAAAAUCAGCAAUCGCAUCAGGUCAUGAACCAGCUGCAGUUCACAGCACCGUAUAAGCAGCUCGAGAAAGUGCACCAGCCCUCCAUUCCUUCCGUAAACCAGCCGGCAUUCACCAUCGAAAUCCCUAGGGCGCAUAUUAAUCGCGACGAGUACAUUGCCACUGACGAGGUGUCAGAAGAGCCGGCGAAGCUGUCGCAUAAAAAGGAACGCCAGAGCCUCACGGGAACCCUUGGGCCCAUGGAGGAAACACUCGAUCAGCGUCAAAGAGCAGAAGGUGCCUUGAAAGACUUGUUGCGACGAACCUCUAACAUCAAUCGAGCUCUACAUGCGGUGUCCACGAUGGAGCCAGGCUUCGACCACAUAGUCGCAAUAACAAUGGAACAGGAGCCCGCUAUUACAGCAGAGGAACAUAAGAAGAUAUACUCGGCCAUCAACAAAGUCAUUUUGCAUCGCCGCUUCGACAAGGUCCCCGUCGACGAUUUGGUGCAAAUUCUGCGCCUCAGCGAGGCCAGUAUCAGGGCAGCUUCUUCUCUGGAAUUGCAGGUCAACCACGAGUGGGAUGACGGAUCCGCGGCUGCUUGGGUCGACCAGCUGCCUAGUCUGGAUGCAGGACUUCGAGCCGCACGGACAGCUAUGCAAAUCCUUACCGGCGGCCGCGAGGAUCGCCAGCUGUACUCGGAGAGCUUGAUCGAGAAUGGCAUCAAGAUUUUCCAGAAGGCUACCGAAGACGUGGUGACACCUGUUGUCGAACUACGCAAUUCAGGGCCGACAAGCUCAAUUUUCAAGUUGCUUGUCAGAAACAAGAAGGACAUCGCCAUGAUUUUCAACAGCUGCCAGAAAUUGCUUGCUGUCCUCGCAGACCUCGUGGGCAAGGUUCAGCUGGCUGAUAUGUCGCUAAACACCUUGGAGUUUGUUUCCUCGAAUUUGGUGUUUGUCGAUAAUGCGUAUUACGAGAAGGAUUCUAUCGUUGGCGUACAGAAAUUCGAUGGGAUUCGCACAGCCGCGAUGGAUUCGCUAUGCCAGAUAUUCCUUACCAAGCCCGAGCAGAGACAUGGAAUUCUCAACGAGAUCCUGACGUCUCUCUCGAAAUUGCCUGUCACAAAGCAAGGGUCACGUCAGUUUAAGCUUACCGAAGGUGGCAAUAUCCAACCCGUCUCGGCACUUGUCAUGCGUCUUGUCCAAGCAAGCUCCGUGUCCCAAGGAAGGGACAGGAACCCGCAUCGCCAAGAUACACCACAAAGGAGCGAUAUGGAAGCAGAUGAAGACGAUGAACUUCAAACGCCCCAAAAGCCUGCAGCCAAUUUUACUGUGAAUUCAGAAGACAAUGGUGCUCAACAACCUGAGCUCGCCUUUGAUGAUCUCGAUGCGGUGCUCAAACCCCUUGAGGCAGGCGCCUUCCACAGUGCAACCAUGGUUAUCGGCUUCUUAGUCCAACGCGCCGCUGUGUCUACCAAAACUGGUGAUUCACCCUACAGGAAUCUGUUGGACCUAUGUGUCGAAGAUUUUGCUCUGUGCCUCAGUUCACAGGACUGGCCCGCUGCCGAGUUGCUACUUCGAUGCCUCAUGUCCCAGAUGAACACCCUAUUUGAAGGGGAGAAGACUGCGGCACCUGCCAAGAGCAUGGCUCUUGAAGUCCUUGGUGUCCUUGCAGCGACUGUCUCGCGGCUGCGUUCACAGGUGAAGAAGCUGUCGAGCAGCACAGACACGAGCGGUGCCAGUGAUCUAUCUUUUUACCUGUCGGAUCUCGCCACCCAUUGCUUGGACAGGACGGGUCGCCACGGUCAGGUACUCGCGUGGACAGGGCCUUAUCGAGUCGUCCUAGAGGCUAUUGCCAAGCAGUCACUACAGGACGCUCACAAGACAGGCACGACCUCGUUUGUGACGAUCAGUUGGGCCGGCCGUUUGAGGAACGGAUAUAGCAAUGCGACUGACGAGCACGAGGAUAAGGAGCAAGAGCUUGGUCGUCUGGCAUACCGACUCAGAAUGAUGAUUCAAGACCAGGGCUGGCUUGCCAGCCAUUUUGACUUCACCCUGGGCACGGAGACAGACUCCAAACUAUCAUAUGCCAUUACGUUGCUUGGCCUACCUCUCUGCGAAGCACUUGAUCAUAUGCUCAACAUCCUGCUCAGGUCGAUGACAAACGAUCAAGUCUCCAUUCGCAACAGAAGCUUGAAAAGCAUCAGCCAGGUCGUUGAGACUGAUCCCUCAAUUCUAGAUGGCCCCCUACUUGUUGACCGAAUCAUCGAAUGCGCGAACGAUGCCUCAAUACAAGUCCGCGAAUCUGCUCUCACUCUAAUGGGCAGUUGCAUCCAGAUAAGGCCCCGGUCAGAGCCCGACUUUGCUCCAGAGAUCACAAAGCGCAUCAGCGACACCGCUCCUUCUGUACGCCGUCGCGCGCUAAAGCUUGCUCGCGACAUCUACCUGCGUAACAAGGGAGCCGGACUUCGGAGCAGCAUAGCGUCGGAGUUUCUCCGCCGCGUGUCCAGUGAACCAGAGGAGUCAGUCCGCGACACUGCCCGACAAAUGCUGGAGGAAGUUUGGUUCGCACCGUAUUACUCCAUGGAAGACACCCCCAAGUUCCAAGCAGCGCUUGCCGAUCAUACAGCAGUGAUGAUACGCACAGCUAAUGGCGCUGACAAGCUCGAGACAAUCUUUCAAACGGUUCUGAAGGCGGCGAACCCCGGGCUCUCUGGCCCAUUCGCCUUGUGUACGAAAUUAGUGGCCAACCUAUUCGACUUUAUCAACAACCCCGUGUCUGAUGACCCGAAUGUUCCCUCAGGUCAGGAUGCGACAAGUCUAUUGACAACCUUUGCAAAGUCGGACCCACGUCUUUUCACCUUUGAGCAAGUUCGACUUCUCAAGCCCCUGCUCGCGAGUAAGGAUACCAAUGAUGCGGAUGACCUCAUUGCAUUCCGAGGUAUCCUCGCAAUCCUACGCAAUGUAUUACCCCAACUGUCAUCCGUUCACGUCGGUUUCAUCACUGAGCUCAAGACCUUGCUUGUGCCGAAAGUCGGUAAAAUCUCGACUCCUGCAGCGCUGGACGACCUAUUAUCCUGCUUGCGCGUCAUCCUCGACCUACUGAAGGACAUGCAGCCCGCGAUUGCCUUGACCAGGUCCGUCCUGAUGGGCCUGGGAAAGAUGGCUCAGGUACCAAAUCAACAGCCAUCCAAGAAGCCAGCAGCAGCUCGGAUCGUGGAGCCAUCCGAGUCGAAAAAGUUCAUUGUCUACACCUCUCUUCUCGGUAGACUCGCCCUCCACUUCGACGUCGAGAGCUUUCAGGCGCUCAAGACUGAGGGAGAAAACAGUUCGGUCUCACGAACCAUGGUGGAUAGACUUGCGCCCUUUGCAUCUCAAGACCAGCUCGUCGAGGUGCGCAAAGCGGCUAUUGGGUGCUUGGCAACUGUUUGUCAAGCCUGGCCGCGUAACUACACUCUACCCAAAGUCUGGUCCCUAUUCCAAAAGGCAUUCAUGGAGAGGAACCCUGAGCUGGAACUUGUCAUCCUGAGCUCUUUUAAGGAAUUCUUGCUCACUGAGGAGAAACGUUCGGAAGCAGCGAGCAUGGUCUCGGAGGGUGAAAAGAAGAAACUGACUGUCAUGGGCGGUACAUCAUACGACGAUGUGGCGAGUGCUACGACGCAGCGCUUUCUCCCCGACAUUACACGCAUCUCCUUGUCUGGUCACCAAAACGCGUUCACCGCUCUCCAGGUCCUGGGCAGCAUCAACAGACAGGGCUUAACUCAUCCAAAGGAAGUUGGCGUCACCUUGAUCACGCUGGAAACCUCCCCUCACCACGUUAUCGCAAGAAUGGCCCACAAAGAGCACAAGGCCCUACACGAGAAGCAUGAGUCCACCCUGGAGCGAGAGUACGCCAAAGCCAUCCAGUCGGCUUACGAGUACCAACGUGAUGUCUGCCAGGACACAAGAGGUGCUCGUCUUGAACCAGGCGAGGCGAAACUGCAUCAUUUGAUGGAUAUUCUCAAGAUCAGCAAGAUGAAGAAUCGACAGCGCCUCUUUGAAAAGCUGAGCACUUUGGUCCAAUUCGACCCGUUUCAAUUCGAUGCGACCCCGGAUAUGCCAUCUCAGGUCGAUUUCACAAGGUUUAUCAUGGACAAUCUUGCUUUUAUUGAAUACCAGACGGUUGGCGAACUUCAGACAAUUGUCCGCAAGCUGGAGCAACUUGUCACGUCUACAGGUGCGACAGUCGCACAGGUCAUUGACUCGGAGGUUUUCAACAACAGGAUUGAAGAAACCUACGAUGAUCAAGGCCAAGACCAGCUCAAUCAGCAGCUGAGUGGCGAAGGCACCGAGACAGAGGUCCCGCAGCUACCUCACAGCGUUGAGCCCGCUCGUUUGCGACAGCUAGCUGCUGCAUCUGUGAUCUUGCUCAUGAUUUGGGGCACACGCACGUAUUUACGAAAGCUGUACGGAAUGGGCACAUCCCGAAGCGACAGCAAGGCCAAAGCAUUGGCCAAGGACCAGAACCGAUCACCCCCGAAAACCCAAGGUGUUCACUCUGACCGUUACUGGGAUGAGAUUACACCGCUGCCAAACAGCCUUCAGUCCAGAGAUGACAUGAUCAGAAAGUGCAAGGACUUGGUGGAAUUGAUGAGCAUUGACAGCGAAUUCAAAGUCGGUGAUGAGGACGACAUGGACAUGGAUGACCCCGGCACUCCUUCGCCCAAUGAAGAUGGCGAAGAUAACGAAGAUGGCGCACUGGGCAGGAAAAGGAAGAGCAACUCGGCUACCCCUAGCGGCCGGAAGAAGAGGGCCAGAGAGAGCUCUCAGCUUCGCAAGCGAGGGCGGCCGCGCAAGAAUCCUGUUGUUGAAUCUUCGUGGGCGACGGCGGGCGAUUCAGACGAAUAG